AGAUCUGUCACUAAGCUAUUUUAAAAGCCCAGCUGCAGUCUUGUUUGUGCGGGAUUCAUUGAGAGGCUUGAGCAUGUGGAAUCAUGUAAAAUGUUACAAUGUGGAUAAAAUGCUGUACUAAACUCGAAAUAUAUCCUAGUCUGGCAUGUUUGUUGGUUUUUGUUUGUUCUUAAUCAAUAGGCUAUGUGGCUUCAGAAAAUGCUUUAUGUUUGACCUGUGCUGCCCAAGUAAAAGUCGCCUCCGCGUCUGUGGUUGCUAGGGGGACGCAGCAGCAGCCAGCGUGAGGGAUUCCCUUGUCAGCGCGGGUAGACAGACACACCGCAAAGGAAUGCACCGUGUAGUUUUGUCACCCGUCGGACUCAGUGAGAACCAAGCAGAGCCCCCAGUGGUCCUGAUGUGUCUGCCAAAUCCCAUGCCGGGAGGGUGUAUGAUGGCAAUUGAUGGCCUCCAGUGAAGCGGAAGACCUGAAUGAGAAGACCUCCCAACCAGUUUUCACUGUGCGAGUCAAAUCUGCUGCAAACCCUCACGUCCCCUUCGACCCUGUUGAGAAGAAACAAACCCAUUUCCAGUCCCAACUCUGCUCCUCAGUUCACUGUAAGCAUGUGGCCCAGCCUAAUGAGCUGAGCGUGGAUACAGAUUCCCCCUACUGUGCCUCUGAGACUCAUGUUUGUUCUAAACGUGCCUACAGAUCUGUGCCUGCAGCCACUCUCAUAGCCAACCACGCUGAGCGCCAUUUUAGUGCAUGUGCCACCUGUGCUAACGUGCUUAGUAAUGGACACACUCAACCAGGUGUUCCUGUCUCCAAGAACACACAGCAGCCAACUGUACAGAAUAAUCCCAGACCUAACUGGAAUUUGGAUUUAUUCAAGUUGAGGUCUGGGCUUUUGGGGAAAAGGGCCUUUUCUCCCCAGCCUGCAGCAAGUGGUGCCUAUCUCACGUGUCCUUGCCCAUCUAAGACUUCUUCCCCUGGUGCGCCGGUACCUUUCCAGGCAGCUCAAAGCAGCAUGCCCACCAACCAGUCCUCCCCCUGGGGCAGCGUGAGUCUCAAAGACCACGGCAAAGCGGCGACCACCAAGCCCACCUCCACCACAACCACCAGGGUUAAAGUGCCUUCCCGUCCUAGUCACGGCCCCCGCCAGGGGACCAAGAACCCGACCAAGCCUGUGCCCCCCCAGCUUACCCAAUCCUUCUGCCAAGGUGGUGACACAGGGGAUGGGAAAACGCGGUUUACUAUGCCAUUGCAGGCUCAAACUGUUUCCCAGGAUGUGUCAAUGGACCACCUCUGGAGGCUCAACGACACAUUGAAGUUUGAGAAUGGAGUGACAGCAGACAUGGAAGGGGUUAAGGAGCACGCGCUGGUCUGUACCUCCAAUGGAGGGGAAGGUCGUCCUACUGGAGGGAUCCACAAGGUCACCUCGGAGGUGGUGUUCACCGAAGCUGUAAGGAAACUGACCCAGAGCACAGUCUCCCAUGCUAGGAACAAGAGCGUUGUAAACGGUCGAGCUGUUAAUGGAGAAAAAAGUGCACAUGCCAAAGCUACCAACCUCAGUCCUAGUUGUCACAGUAUCCCAGCCAAACCUUCACCACUCUGCCUUACCAGCACGGCCCAGCAGGCCUCCUCUGUGGAGCCCAUGGAGACCUGGGAGAUCUCCACCACAGGGACGUGUGCCUCCCCAGCCUUGAAUCCAGAGGUUCCUACUACCCAGGCCAGCGCUAGUCCUAGUGUCACCCAGGAGAGGUCUGACGACGCAGUGUUGGGGUCUCCUCCCACACCCUCUGUGGGCUCAGUGACCACUCAGAUAUCUGCCAUACACCUCACCAGGGAGGGGUGCCCCUCCAAAUCACCGUCUCCAUCCCCACCGCUAGAGGAAGGGCUGCCUACAGAGUGUGAUGCCUCAGGCCUGGAGAGUGUAGCCAUGCUGCAGGAUGAGGACGGGGAGUUCCAGGAUGUUCUGGAGGGGGACAGCAGUGAUGAGGAUGGAUCUGAUUGCUCUUCCAUGAAUGACUCUUCGUCCACGGCCUCCAUGUCAGCCCUUUCUAAUAUUGAGGAGCCAAUGUCGUCCGAGGUGGAGGAUGAGAGGGAGGAGAAGCCAGCUCUGGUGCCCAGCAUGUUCCCCCACAUCCCCCCCACGCUGUACUUCAGCACCGACAACGAGAGAGUGGAGCUGUUGCCACUCGAGCAGAGACACCUCCUGAAAUGGAAGAUGAGCUCGGUCACACCCAACGUGGUGAAAAACACCAUCACCCGGUCCAACUUCAAAGUCACCAAGAGAAGCCAUGACUGGCUGGGGUGUUGGGGUCAUCACAUGAAGUCUCCUUGUUUCAAGGCCAUUCGAGAAUACCAGAAGCUGAACCACUUCCCCGGGUCCUUCCAGAUCGGCAGGAAGGACCGCCUGUGGAGGAACCUGUCCAAGAUGCAGGCGCGCUUCGGCAAGAGAGACUUUGGCUUCUUCCCGCGCUCCUUUGUGCUGCCGCAGGACAUCAAGCAGCUGAAGAAGGCCUGGGAGGACGGCAGCAGCCGGCAGAAGUGGAUCAUUAAACCGCCUGCCUCCGCCAGGGGGAUCGGCAUCCAGGUGAUCCACAAGUGGAGCCAGAUGCCUCGCAAGAGACCUCUCCUGGUCCAGAAGUAUCUGCACAAGCCCUACCUCAUCAGCGGGAACAAGUUUGACCUGCGUAUCUACGUGUACGUGUCUUCCUACGACCCCCUGAGGAUCUACAUCUUUUCAGACGGCCUGGUCCGCUUCGCCAGCUGCAAGUACUCCUCCUCCACGAAGAGUCUGGGGAACAAGUUCAUGCACCUGACCAACUACAGCGUCAACAAGAAGAACUCAGAGUACCAGAGCAACAGUGACAACACGGCCUGUCAGGGACACAAGUGGGCCUUGAAGGCACUCUGGCAGUACCUGGGUUCCAAGGGGGUCAACACCACUGUGAUCUGGGAGAAGAUCAAGGACAUUGUCAUCAAAACCAUCAUUGCGUCAGAUCCGUACGUGAACAGCCUGGUGAAGAUGCACCUACGCUCUCCAUACAGCUGCCACGAGCUGUUUGGCUUUGACAUCAUGCUGGACGAGAACCUCAAACCCUGGGUUCUGGAAGUCAACAUCUCACCCAGCCUCCACUCGAACACAGCUCUGGACGUGGCCAUCAAGGGUCAGAUGAUCAGGGACGUGUUGAACCUGGCCGGCUUCGUUCUUCCUCAGAGGGACGACGUGGUCCCGUCCUGCAGCAGUGCCUCCAGCUCCACCAGCAGUGUGUGUGGAGGGACACGGGAGAGAUCCAGAUCUGACCUGUCUACUGAUGAGAAAGUCAAACGAGCCUUCUACCUGAGCCAGCGCUUUACAGACCAGGCCUUGCUCUCGUCCGUGCUGGACGUGCUGACCCCCGAUGACGUGCGUGUCCUGGCCCACACGGAGGACGAGCUGUGUCGGAAAGGAGACUUCGAGCGCAUCUUCCCCUCCCCCACCUCGUCUCGCUACCUCCGCUUCUUCGAGCACUCGCGCUACCUCAACAUCCUCCUCGACCAGUGGGGGCAGAAAUACAGCCAAAACGAGAGCAAAGGGAUCCAUCUGCUGAAGACACUGUGUCAGAAAGGAGUUCAUCUAGGCACCUCAGAUCCCGCACACAUAUGGUCCAAGAGCAGCUAUGUUCCCAGACAAGAGCUCAGCAGAUCCAGUGUUGUGGUGAGCCACAGUCGCAGGUUCCCGCCAGAUGACGAUGACUUUUCCGACCGGGAGAUCCAGUCUGUUACCUCCAGCCUACCUGACAUCAGUCUGAUGGACUCCCCCGGCCUCAGCCGCUCCUCCAGCCCCGGCCUCAGCCGCUCCUCCAGCUCCAGCCCCAGCCCUGGCCCCAUCUUUACCCAGAGUCUGCCACCCAAAGACUUUAUAUGAGUGGUGACCCAGAGCUCCACCACAACACUGUUGGCACCUGUCCCCUUGGGCUUCCAUACUAACAAUUGCACAAAGCACGCCAUUUCUUGGUUUAGGAGACAGGGUGUAGGUGCUGAAAUGUGGGUGUGUUAUUUAACCACUAACAAGAGUUCAGGUCCACACCUGCUCCCCCCUCCAUCUCUCUUUCUUUCUCUCUCUCUAUGUUCUCCUGUCUCUUCUCCGGGUAUGGAUAUUGCCGUUCCUUACAGCUGUUCUCUGCUGCUAUGUGGAGUUCGAGAGACAGAGGGAUUGGACAGAGGGCUAUAGUGUAGUGAAAAGUGUAGUGUGAAUUAUUGGCCAAAUGAAUGACUGUUUUAAAUCACUGAGUGUUCUUAUGGCUUUUCCAUAUUGUGGAGCGUGUGAUUGGCUGAGCUGGACUUUUUGGGGGCGGUAACGUUGGCGA